GUGAGAGCACUUUGGUACGUUUGCCGUCAAGACGAAGCCUUCGCUGCUUGAAUGGACCGGGAACAUUCAGCAAAUGGUUUAUUAAGACCUAAAUUCAUAGAAAACGCAUUUAUAUUCGCGAGGUUCACGUUAUUAUGGAAAUUUUGAAAGAAGCGGUUAAGUACAGGACAGAAUGGAGCGACCCGGUACACCGAUCAAAACUAGUCUUCUCAAGCAAUAUUUAAAGGAAGGUGACUUUUCUGCAUUUAGACACGUGGUGUAUUUGUAUAUUUUACGUAGAAUAGUUUCGCUUUCGUGAAAAAAAGCAAUAAGGCACCGCGCUGUUCCUCGUGAAUGUUAUCCAAGUUUCGGACAAAUCAAGCGUUGCAAUAACAAUAAUCUCACAGGAUAGUUGUGAUUUUUUUCUGACUUCGUUAAAACCGAAUGCAAGAAUGGAUGCUGGCAGCGAGGUGUCCACUAUUGUUUCUCCUGGUGCCGAUGGAAAUGCCCCAAAACAUCUUUGGAGACAACAGAGCCCGGUUCCUCUUCAGCUCCAGCACGCGCGCAAAAACCACCGGGUGAGACAGAGGGGCUUUUCCGACACGGAGAAGUACCUGAAACCCAGGACCAUGGACCGGACUUAUGCCAUUGAGACCGGUAACCGUCCCGUUUUGAAAAAAUCCAGAAUGUCAUGGCCAUCAUCCUUUCAGGGUCUGAAACGCUUUGACGUUGACAAUGGCACCUCAUCGGGACGCAGUCCGUUGGAUCCCAUGGCCAGCCCAGGGUCAGGCCUCAUCCUCCAGGCCAACUUUGUGCACAGCCAGAGGAGGGAGUCUUUCCUUUACCGCUCAGACAGCGACUACGACCUCUCGCCAAAAUCCAUGUCCAGAAACUCCUCCAUCGCCAGUGACAUACAUGGUGAUGAUAUGAUUGUAACACCUUUUGCACAGGUUCUGGCGAGUUUAAGAACGGUCCGGAAUAACUUUGCUGCUUUAACAAAUGUCCAGCAGGAAAGAACCAAUAACAAGAGAUCCCCCAUGUGUAACCCACCUCCCAUCACAAAGACCUCCUACACAGAGGAGGCCUACCAGAAGCUGGCCACAGACACCCUGGAGGAGCUGGACUGGUGCCUCGACCAGCUUGAGACCCUACAGACCAGACAUUCUGUCGGUGAGAUGGCAUCUAACAAGUUCAAAAGGAUGUUGAACAGAGAAUUAACUCACCUGUCAGAGAUGAGCCGGUCUGGUAACCAGGUGUCAGAGUUUAUCUCAAGUACAUUCUUAGACAAGCAACACGAGGUGGAGAUGCCAUCGCCCCAGUCACAGAAAGACAAGGAGAAGAAGAAAAGGCCAAUGUCCCAGAUUAGUGGUGUAAAAAAGCUAACGCACAGUUCCAGCCUCACCAACUCUAACAUCCCCCGAUUUGGGGUCAAAACAGAAACGGAGGACGAGCUGGCCAAGGAGUUUGAAGAUGUAAAUAAAUGGGGCCUUAAUGUCUUCAAAGUCUCUGAGUUUUCUGGAAACAGACCUUUAACAGUUAUGAUGUACACGAUAUUCCAGGAGAGAGACUUGCUGAAGACGUUUAAAAUUCCCCUUGAUACCUUUAUCACCUAUCUGAUGACUUUAGAGGACCAUUACCAUGUUGACGUUGCCUAUCACAACAACAUCCAUGCUGCUGAUGUCACGCAGUCCACUCACGUUCUGCUAUCAACCCCUGCCCUUGAGGCUGUGUUUACAGAUCUGGAGAUCCUCGCUGCCAUUUUCGCCAGUGCCAUUCAUGAUGUUGAUCACCCAGGAGUCUCCAACCAGUUUCUCAUUAACACUAACUCUGAGCUGGCCCUCAUGUAUAAUGAUUCGUCUGUGUUGGAGAAUCAUCAUCUGGCUGUAGGCUUUAAACUGCUGCAGGAAGAGAACUGUGAUAUCUUCCAGAACCUGACCAAGAAACAGAGACAGUCACUCCGCAAGAUGGUCAUUGAUAUCGUUCUGGCCACAGAUAUGUCUAAACACAUGAAUUUAUUGGCGGAUUUGAAAACCAUGGUGGAGACCAAAAAGGUGACCAGUUCAGGGGUGUUACUACUGGACAACUACUCGGACCGGAUACAGGUCUUGCAGAACAUGGUGCAUUGUGCAGACCUCAGUAACCCAACCAAGCCCCUGCAGUUGUACAGACAGUGGACCGACCGCAUCAUGGAGGAGUUCUUCAGUCAGGGAGACAGAGAGAGGGAGCGUGGCAUGGAGAUCAGCCCCAUGUGUGACAAGCACAAUGCAUCGGUUGAGAAGUCUCAGGUUGGUUUUAUCGAUUACAUUGUGCACCCGCUUUGGGAGACGUGGGCAGACCUGGUGCACCCAGACGCCCAGGAUAUCCUGGAUACGCUUGAGGACAACAGGGAGUGGUACCAGAGCACCAUUCCACAGAGCCCCUCUCCAGCGCUGGACACCAACAGCGACGGGCGACGCACAAAUGGCCAGGAGAAAUUCCAGUUUGAAUUGACUCUAGAGGAGGACGGAGAAUCUGACACGGAGAAGGACAGCGGCAGCCCUCCUGAUGAUGAGGAGGAGGAGGAGGAAGAAGAGGAGGAAAACAGUUGUAGUGACUGUAAAACCCUUUGCACGCAGGACUCUGAAUGUACAGAGAUCCCCCUGGACGAGCAGGUGGGGGACGGACAGGAAGAGGACGACGAAGAACGGGAAGAAGAAAGGGAAAUAUCAGAACCCUUUGUUUUAGAGGAGGACGAGGAGUACACUGCCAACACAUAACACAGUAUGACACGGCACCUGGACUUUUUUAUACGAGAGAUGAGAAACACUUAUUUAUGUUUUUUCAUUGUCUGUUUUGCAUACAUCGUUGUUUUGAAGUGCUUUUUAAUGUUUGCCUUUUUAACCUGGUUUUAUUUUUCGUUCCUCGCUCUUUACAUCCACUCGUUGCAACCAUUUUUGCACUCAGGAAUAUCUUUUCCACUUCCACCUUUCACUCAUAGAAACAAGAUAAAUGAAAGGUCGAAAAAGAAGCUUGAAUUUGUCUUUUAUUCCUGUUUGUGAGGUACUCAUUUUUUUUUUUUUCGGAGUGAAGCAGCAUUUUAAAAACAUUGAACUUAGCAGUCGUGUGAUUUAUACAGAUUUUUCACCAAGACACUACUUCUGUCCAUCUGAAAGUGGUCAUCGGAAGCAUUUUAGCAGACACAUUUUGGUAGAAAAUACUACAUGUUUUGAACCUCACGUCUUCCUUGAUGCCUUGAAUGUGUUAUUUAGCUGGAUUUAGUUGUCUGUUUAGUGUAUCGAGCAUUAUUCAAAGUGAACGGACAUGCUACCAAAGUGAAGAGACACAUGAGACACAAUCAUCUGCAGAUUCUGACAUUUUAUUUCAGAUAAUCAUAUUUUCCAUAAAUCAGCCAUCUUGCUCUGUUUGCUGCAGCCAUACACUUUUAUAAAGAAUAUUUUGAACAUAACAACAGUCUACAAUUUGUACAAAUAUGGUGAUAUUUGCUUACUGGACAAAUUUUGACCUUAAAAUCUAUUUUUUCCCACAAGAACAAUAAUAACUUGGCCUUAAUUAUAGAAAUGUACAAAUACAUUCUUGCAGUGAAUCCUGGGUGUCACUUUAUAUACAUAAUUAAUAUUAAUACUAAAACCAUCUCUAUAAAUUACAGUGUUAAUAGUAAUAGGUGCAGUAUUAUUAUUAUUAUUAUUAUCAUUAUUAUGUUUUUAUUUAUAUUGUGGCUGUUUGUUUGGGCUUCAUCUUAAGUUCUUUCCUGGGUCAUGGUUGUGUGAUGUCAACGGCACGCCCACACCUGACAUAAAUAGGUAUUUUUCUCCAUUUACCGGUUUCUUUUAUAAUCCCAUGACAAUCAGCUUCAGUGCAACAUUUUUUGUGUUUUUAUUUUGUCUUUGCCAAACAUUUUCACUCAUAAAGAUUUGAUUGCUGCUGUACUCAUCUUUGCCAAGUGUCCUACUGUACAAACGUGGCUCUAUUACUUUCUAGCUAGCAUUAUUUAUGAAUGCUCUUUGAUGUGCUGGUAGCAUAUCAAAGCAUUUUUGUCAAACUGUAGCAUCAGCAAUGCAGGCAUUUUAGUCUGUUCUCCUAAAUAUACUUUAAUGCAUAUGCAGUAAAUAGACUUAAUGUAUACAAUUCUGUAUGAUACUGAAGCCCCCUGUCAUUGCUUUUCUUUAAUCGCUUUAUUUAAAACUCAUUCUGUUGCCAAGUUUUUCAAUUUGUUAAAUUUCAGGGGGUUUUUGUGUAUCCAUUUCCUACAUUGUUUCUCAUUUCUGUCUGUUUACAUACACGUAUUUAUUGUGCUGUACAGUACAUAUUGUUGCUCUUACGAUGUUGUUGUAAACGAUUAUAUCAUCCCUUUUGGUGAUGGUGUUGUAUUAUGGAACUCUUACUGAGAGAAUGUUUGUUAUUCUUAAUAUAUAAUAAUCCCAUUGUUAUGUGUCUCUAGAGAGAUUGCGUAGAGAACGGGGAAAGCCAAAUGAUAGUCUUUACUGUGUUUUUAUUUUAUUUUGCUUUUUUAGAAGAAAGUGGUUCUGUGGCCUGAGGGUUGUGCCUUACAGAUAGAUCUUUAGUUUUUAACCUCUUGCUGCACUAAAGUAACUGCUGGUUGGAAAUUGACCUUGAUGUUGCUUGUGUUUCUCCUGUGUAUUUGGGAUAAAUGCUCCCAGAAAACAAAACGAAACAUGUUUUGUAGACAAAAGUGUCAGACCUCAUUGGACAGGGUAAAGCAGCCCAGCUACUGUAUAAGAACCUCCAUCUUGUUAUCGUCUAUGCUGUGUUCAUUUGACUGAAACAGGCAUUUUGGAUUAUCUAGAACAUUUGUGUUUCUUGCAAUAUGAAAGAAAGAACAACACAUUUGUGUCCGGGGAAUAACAUGGCACUUUGAUGUCUAGAUUAAAAGAGGGUUAGAGACAUCUCCACCAAAACAAGUUUGGACUCAUUGACACAUAUACUGUAGAUUCUUAAAUGCCCUAAAUGGAUGAAAUCAGUGUGUACUUUUUUUGUUAUCUUUUUAAAUCACGAGAGAAAUAAAGUGAAUUUGAAAAAAAACGCAAUUUAAGGAUAACUAUUUUUAUGUUGUGUGACUUGAAUGACAAAUUGUCUGGAGGUUUCACAAGACCGCUUAGUUGUUUAUCGGGCUCAUUGUUUAUUGCAGUCUAUUGGAUAGAACUGUAGAAAUAAAAAUUUACGUACGAAAACUAGUAAAAUCAAAUAAAAAUGUUUUUUAUAUGCACCAAAAUAAAAGCAUGGGUUGACUCUA